GAUUCAUACUAAGUUUUUUUGUGAAUCGUCUUCCAGAAGGUCAUGAGUAGCGGGGGAGUAAAAUGAGAAGGAGAAAUGCUCUGUGACUUGGCUUAGUCUUCCGUCUGUACUCUACUCCGCUGACUACUGUAUGUAUAAUGUAAUAAAUAGCUGAAUAACGUUAUUAGUGAUUGUAGGGAUUUUUUCAUAAUAACGUUAACAGAGUGGUGGGGAGGUGGGGAGCAGUUGACGAGGAAGACACCCCACCUAAGCCAGAUUGGACUCUCCCAGUGGCCACAAGUCUCGUCCAGCACUGCACGGGCAGGGCACAGAGGCACAAAGGUGGUGUGGGCAGAGGGGCAGCAAGCGUGGCGGCGUGGCUGUACAGGACGUGCCGCGGCGUGGAAGAGGCAGCAGUAGAAGGCAGAAAGAAGGAAGGCGGCGGGCGGCGGUGGUCGUGUUUGCGCGCGCGUGGGGGGGGACGGUCAGGUGAUCAAUAGCUUGCUAGUUCGCGGCGGCUCCGGGUGCGUCGAGGAGCAGGAGGUGCGAGAGGGGCCCAGCCAGUGACGAUGGUGCCAGUGUGAUGCCCAGCAGGGCUGUCGAGACCCGCGGGCACGAGACCUUCACCAGCACAACAAUAACAGCGCCUAAACCACAAGGCUAAGAGGAGCCCUGCCCCGACGCCGCACGUUUUACCGGGAUAUACUGCCAUCAUGAAGCGGCGGAUCGGAUUUGGGAACGACGGUGAAUUUAUGACUUUUAUGCUCGACGUGCCCGAUCGGUCACAGAGGCGUGGCGCUAACGGGGGCAGUGACGCCACGACAGACGAUAGUAAGAGUGACGAUAACAACGAUGAUGAUGAGCAGGACCACCACCGCCACCACCACCGCAACCACCACCACCACCUCACCUCCUCCCACCACAAGUCGAGUCACCACCACCAGACCAGCCACAGGAGCAGCAGGACGAGGGGGGAAGCCGCUGCCAACGGGGAGUAUGACCGGUACGGCGAUAUGACCAGCACGCGACGCACCACUCGGCUGCAGGAGGCUGAGAAAGAGCAGCAGCAGCAACAGGAGUCACAGGAGCAGCAGCAAGUGGACAACAGCAGCAAGCACGUCUCCAGGUCACACCGCGAGUCCCGCCGCUCAGGGAGACACCACUCCAAAGUCUCCGAGAAGCCCCCGAAGAAUAACAAUCACCUGAAGGAGUUGAAAGACGACACCAUCAAGUGGAAUCAGGAGAACAGGUUAAGAGCGGGCGACGGGAGCGUGAGGAGGUACGAGGAGGAGGACGAGGAGGAUGAAGAAGACGAGGAGGAGGAGGAGGGCAUCGGUCUGCCGGAGCCUCAAGUGAAGGGCAGCCGCGGCCACACGCACGCCGAGGAGCGCCGCGAGAAGAAGGCGCGAGUCAAGCUAAAAUCCAAAGAAAUCAAGUGCAUCGUGGACAGCGACGCCGCAGCGGUCAUACAGAACAAUCUAGUAGGCGGCCACUCCCCUCCCAAGAGCCCAGACCUGCAACCGCCCCUCCCGCAGUCCCCUCAGCCGCAGCAGCUCGUGUCCCGCGCUCCGCAGCACGAGCUGGACCACAACCACCACACCCUCCACCACAUCAGCCACAAUAACCACCCUCCCGCCGCCACCACGCCCUCCUUACUAGUACAAGAUGUGGAGGUGGAGUCAUACCCCGCUCCUCUUCCUCCUCCACCCGCUCUUCCUCACCACCACCACCAGCACCACCACCAUCACCACCACCACCACCACCCACCCGCCUCCUCAUCCCCGCCCUCUCCAUCACCACAUCAACCGCAGGGGCCGCUCCCGCCGCAGCACCUCACCACGCUGCAACACCCUCAGCAGGUGCAGCAACAAAUGCAGCCUCAACUACAGCUGCAGCAACAGUUGUUAUCGGAGGAUCUGUACAUCGACAGCAACAGUCACGUGAGUCAAGAUGCCGAGGACAAGAAGAAGAAGAAGGAUGACAGGAGAGACGAGAAGCGGAAGAAGAAACUGAAACACCUGGAGGAGGAGAACCUAUCCAAGCGGCUGUACGACACCCGGGAGGUGGCGGCGCCGGAACUACGCCCGCCACCCGCCGAUCUCCUGCAGUCCAAGGUCAAGGAGCAGGAGACCACGGUGCUGGGAGGCGUUGGGGGAGUGAGGGAGGAGGAUGAGAGGCGCGUGGCCAUACGCAUCAAGCUUUGCGGGGAGUGCGGUGCGCGCCAUGUGGCGGGAACGUGCCCCUUCACCCGCCCCACGCACGUCCUGCCGGACUCCUGCCCGCCCCCCACCCCGCACACCCACGAACUCCCGCAGCAAAACGGCGUGAUCGUGGCCCCGCCCCACCGGGAGUCUCCAGUGAACCUGUCUGGAGGCGGUGGAGGGGCGGGGCGGGAGGAGGAGAGAGAAACGGAGACUUGGCGUGACCCUCAGCGGCCUGGCUCCCCUACUUCGUACGCCCGCACCUCCCUUCCUCCCGGCCUGGCCCUGGAGAGGCGGGUGCUGCCGCCCCCAGUGACAACAACGUGGACAGCGACAACGACGUCGGCGUGGUGGGGGUGA